AUGGUGCUGUUCGGUAGACGUAAUGGAGACGAGCGGCGUGUCGUCAGAACCAGCCAGAGUCAGCUUCCCAUGCUGGGUCUGGCGGACAGUGCUCGAAAUAAUGUCAUUGCUGUGACAGGAGAGUUUGUCGGCACGUUCCUCUUCUUGUUCUUCUCUUUUGCGGGAACUCAGGUCGCCAACACUCCCAAGCCGGUUGACGGUGCCCCUCCCAACACCUCUAACCUUCUAUAUUCCUCCCUAUGUUUCGGGUUCUCCUUGACAGUCAACAUCUGGGCUUUUUAUCGGGUGACGGGAGGUCUAUUCAACCCUGUGGUCUCGUUGGCACUAUGCCUGGUCGGAGGCAUGCCGCCCAUUCGAGGCGUCUUCGUCUUCGGUGCACAGAUUGUAGCCGGCAUUGCUGCGGCAGGCGUUGUCAGCGCUCUGUUCCCGGGUGCCCUCAACGUCGGAACUCGACUGGGUGGAGGUGCAUCCAUCUCUCAGGGCCUGUUCAUCGAGAUGUUUCUCACCGCCCAACUGGUGUUCGUCAUCAUCAUGCUGGCCGUCGUGAAGCACAAGUCCACUUUCCUUGCGCCGGUCGGAAUCGGUCUCACUUUCUUCGUCACGGAAAUGGUUGGUGACUACUAUACCGGAGGCUCGCUGAAUCCCGCUCGCUCACUCGGCCCAGACGUGAUCAACCGAAGCUUCCCUGGCUAUCACUGGAUCUACUGGGUCGGACCAUUCCUCGGUUCUCUUCUGGCCUGUGGAUUCUACACCUUCCUCAGGAUGUUCAGAUACGAGUCCGUCAACCCGGGGCAGGACUUCAACGAGUGGGAGGCUAAGCUUGGACAUGGAUCGCUCGACGAAAAUGGCAGAAGCUCAAGAGCCUUUUCGGAUUCGACCGUUGGCGGACGAACCCAUUCGCCCCAUGGUGGAAAUCAACAUAGUGGACCAGCCAACGCAGCGGAACAGGUUUAA